AUGCGAAGUGGUAGACCAAGAGAGUACAUCAUAAGGGGGUUUGGCUUUGCUCUUCAGAUUUGGGCUUUUGAAGUGUUCCCAGCAUUGGAAGCAUUGCAUUUCACGGUCCAUGAAGACAAUAGGCACAUCCCUCGAAUAUUACAUUGGAGGAGCAACACGGUGGCCCGUUUUCGGGAGGUUAUGAGUCAGGUUUUUGAAAACUUUGAGGUUGAUGUGCAACUUCUCCGGCCAACAGAUAUUGAGAAGCAACAACCUUACUGGAGUUGGGGUGAUGAUGACAACGAAGAAGAAAUGGUUGAAUUAUUUGGGGAUGAGGCCGAAGAAAAAACCGGCACUUCUAGUGAAGAAAAAGACGCGGAUGUUGAGGAAACAGCCACCCUUCCCUCCUCUUCUAAGGCCAAAGGGUCUGUUAAUGACGUUCGCAGUUUGAAGCAUCAAUUACGCAGCACUAAGGAUCAGUUGGCUAAGCUACGUAGUUCAAAUCGGGGGCUUAGGAACAGAGUUCGUGACUUGGAAGCUAUUGUACAGAAGAACUGUUUGAAGCAUGAGAACGAGUGUGACAGAAAUAAAAGGCUAUUCGGGAUUUGA